GCCGGCGAUUGGUGUCCUGUCUCCUCUCCUUAUUGACGGCUACGACGGAAGAUGACAGGCUGUGAAGUCAGGCAGACCACCUCCAGACAGAGCAUUUGCUGAGUCAUGGGUGCGAUACGAACGACACUCCUUGUCUGUUUGCUCGGGUCGGCUAUCUACGUGUACCUCGAACCCAUCCCUGAUGCCAUUGAGAUACCGUGGAAGUUGAAGUUCUUGACUCACGUCGCUCGAAUAAAUAUGCGCCUGACGUCCAUCAUUCCGGAAGGUUUGAGCGCAUGGGUCGGUUCUGUAAUUUUAGAAACCGGUAAGUCCACUGGCCCAAACGUAUUCUACGAGGACACGACCUAUGGUGGUGUACCUGUGCGGGUCUUCAACAACAAACAAGACGGGGAGAAAGCCGCCAAACGCCCGGCGAUCCUUUACUACCACGGAGGGGGAUGGACUUUCGGAAGCAUAGAUAUGUACCAUCCUCUGACUGCUGAAAUAGCGAAGGAAACGGGCUCGGUAGUCAUUUCUGUUGAGUACCGGUUGGCACCAGAGCACAUAUUCCCUGCAGCCAUUGAUGACUGCACAGCAGCAACUGUCGGGUUCCUACAGCAUCUUGAAGACUUCAACGUCGACCCAACCAGAGUGGCCAUUAUGGGAGACAGUGCAGGCGGAAAUCUAGCUGCUGCCGUCGCUCAGAGGUUGACCUUUAUGCCACAGUACAAGGACCUGCCGAAGCUGAGGAUGCAGGUUCUGAUUUAUCCUUGUCUCCAAGCCUUUGACUUCCAGACACCUUCCUACCAGCAAAACGGAGACUACUUCACCGUUAUGCUUGAUAAAAUCAUGAUGGCAGAUUUCUGGGCGGUGUAUCUCAACAACAGACCUUCCUUGAAGAUUCCGAUGUCUGCAAACCGACACACUUCGGCGAAGAUGAAGGGGUCCUCCUUAGUCAAAAAAUGCCUGUCGCACGAUCUCAUUCCAGAUGAGUUCAAGCAGACAGGUUAUGAUACACCUUGGACCGACUUUGGAGACAAAGGCAUCUACGACGAGAUCAAAGGAGUUCUCCUGAAUCCAGAUUUCGCUCCUCUCAUGCGAGAAGACCUGAAAGGACUCCCAGAGGCGUACAUCCUGACGGCAGAGUAUGACGUCUUGAGGGAUGACGGCAUCAUUUACGCAAAGCGACUGGAGAAGGCUGGAGUACCGGUCACUUGGAAGCACUACAAGAAGGGAUUCCACGGGAUGUUUUGCCAAAAGGACGGGCCAUUUGCGUCGCCAUCAGGGGGGUGUGCUACGGCAGAUUUCUAUGAAUUCACCAAAAAAUAUCUGUGAACCUUCGGGUCACGUAAAUCAAAUGGAGGUAUUUUGGGCUAGAGCAAAUAAGUCCCAUGGUAAUGAAAUAAGAGCGAUAUUCAAACAAAUCUGUAGGCUGAAAGAUGUAUGCAAAAUUUCGAUUAAACUGCUUUGUCUAUAUUCGCUUAUACCUAAGCAGGAACGUUGUUGAAAUAUAAGUAUAAAACUAUACGUUAGUGACGAGAGUAAUUGAGCCAGCUAGGUCACAAAUGGAGAAUAAAAAGUCACAGAUGGUUGACAAAAGGGU